UUUUCAAUGAAAAAUUGAUAAUAUUCAAUAAUUUGUGAGAGUUGUUUGGAGCUGUUCAAUUUAUAUAAUAUAAGAGUAUCAAAAUGAGUCUAUUCAGAAUAAAGACAAGCAUUCCCCCACGACUCUUCCACUGUAGAUGUUUUGCCACAGCUUUACCAAAUGAUGAAGAAUACACAGCAACCCCACAUUACCCUCCUAUUCUUGACAUGUCUUUUGAAAAGAAGUUGGAAAGGAAAAAAGUAGCUAAACAUGAGGAAAUAAAAGCAGUAAAAACUGUGGAAGAAAAACAAAUCAAACUAAAUAUGCCUAGAUUCUAUGGAUUCAAAAGUUAUAUGCUUAAUGAAGACUACUGUCCAUACAAUAAUUUGGGACUUGCACAGCAUGUCACUAGGACUCAUUUGAUUGUCAAUAAUGAGCUACCUGAAUAUUACAAAAACAUUGAUGUUAGUGGAGUUGCCCUUAAUCUAAAAUCAGAAAUUGAAGAGGCAAUUGCUGUAGAAAUUGAUGGAUACAAGAGAGAAAAUGAUUUCACAAAUGAUGACCUCACCAAAGUGGAGAUGGAAAACUUGACAAGUUCAUUGAUAGUUAAACAACUAAACAGGAUAAUAAAGAAUGAAAUGUCCACAAGUCAUCCACACAUGAAAAAUGCACAGAUCGACUAUGAGCCGAGAAUAGAAUCCACAUGGCUUGCUGGCGGCAUGGACGCCCCGGAAAGAGUGAAAAGUGUCCGCAGAGGCCGGCCCUGGACGAAACACAUGGAAGACGACCCCGUCGACCGGCUGAUGGUGUUCGUGGGCUCGCCCUGUAUGACGGUGAGGUCGGAGCUGCCUCUGCCGCCGAUCGUGUCCCGAGACGAGGCGGAGAAUGCCGAGUUGGAGGUGCCGUUUUUCCGGUUGGAUCCGAGAGCGGUUGGGAACAAGACCGAGUUCAGACAUAUAGCUAAUACACCCGGAUUUUGGCCAGGCGACCCUCACAAAUUCGGUCUCUUGUCGUACCACAACCGAGGUUACUUGCACAACAGAAAACACUACCAAGACCCACAAGACGACAAAGAAGCCGUCCACCGCCAAGCGAUAAUAGCUUCUUUCGGUUGGCUGCAAGCCCAAGCAAAUUUUCUAGGCUUCAACACCUACAAUGACAUAACCUACCCUCUUGUAACGCAAACCGUCAUCACAGACGGAAAAGUGUGGUCUUUCUAUGCCUACCAACUCAACACCAUAGUUUUCCACACGAUGUACGUCAAUGAGAAUCCCAAAAGGAAUAUUUGUUGGGGCACCGAAGAGCUGAACCUUUACGAUAGAGUCGAGAAUGGGAAACUCGAAGGUUUCAAUGACCAAGUCCUCGAACUUCUUCUGAAGUUCUAUUGUAAUGUCCCUGAGAGUCGUUUGGGCAUCAAUCUCACGCCUUAUUUGAACCACGAGGAAAAGGUGAUUGCUGAUUAUGCGGACGAUGACAAAAGACAGUGGUUGGAGAGGGAGUACAAGUUUCUUGUGUCCAAUCGUCCUAGGUUCAAAUUGGACUACGAGGUUUACAGCUGGGAGAAGAUUUAUAAAAUCGAUAAUAAAACGAGGCAUAUGGACAAGAAGUUGAGGCCUUUUGAAUUGCUGCAGGAUCCUUUCAAGAGGACAUUGGACGAUAGGCAGCCAAUCUAUAUUCCUAGAAAGUUCAGGCCUCAUUUGCCUAGGCAUAAAGGAAAAUACGCCAAGGAAUAUUUUCCUUGAAUUGUAAUUGAAUUACUGUCAAUAUAGUGUUUAAAGGAA